CGUUCGACGUGGAGGCUGCGAGCGGCGGCGGCGGCAGGGCCGGCGGGACGGGACGGGACGGGACAGGGCGGCCGCGGCGCGGGGCGGCGGCGGCUCGAUAUGGGGGGCUUUUUUUCCACCAUUUUUUCCAGUUUGUUUGGAACUCGAGAGAUGAGGAUUCUCAUCCUGGGAUUGGAUGGAGCAGGAAAAACAACCAUUCUGUAUAGAUUACAAGUUGGAGAAGUUGUUACUACCAUUCCGACAAUUGGCUUCAAUGUUGAGACAGUGACAUACAAGAAUCUGAAAUUUCAAGUUUGGGACUUGGGAGGACAGACAAGUAUAAGACCCUAUUGGCGGUGUUACUACUCAAAUACUGAUGCAGUCAUUUAUGUAGUAGACAGCUGUGAUCGAGACAGAAUUGGCAUUUCAAAAUCAGAACUUGUUGCUAUGUUGGAGGAAGAAGAGUUGAAGAAAGCCAUUUUAGUGGUGUUUGCAAACAAGCAGGACAUGGAACAGGCUAUGACUCCCACAGAAAUGGCAAAUGCACUUGGCUUACCAGCUUUGAAGGACCGAAAAUGGCAGAUAUUCAAAACUUCUGCAACUAAGGGCACUGGGCUCGAUGAGGCAAUGGAAUGGUUGGUGGAGACCUUGAAGAGUAGGCAGUAAUACAAAGCUGACUGUAGCAAAGAAGUUUUGACUAUAUCUAGCAUCCAUCAUUCUGCAGUCAGAUACUUUCAGGCCACAAAUACUUGUAAAUACAACAGAUUGAAAAUGACUCCUAUAAAGUGGAUGCCUCUUUUCAAUUAUAAAACUGAACCAGGUGAAUGUCUCUGUACAUUAAGAUACUCCAUUUCUUUCUUUGUGUUUAAGUAAGUAUAUACUUAUGUUAAUUUAUAUGAAAAUCUUAUUGGGUGAGAAAGUUUUAUUUUUUUUUCUCCUCCCCUCUCCAUUGGUGGUUUUAAGUUUGAGUGGCUACUUAUUCAUGUAAUUAAAACACUAAUAAAAUUUGGAACUGUCA